GGUUGCAAACGCCAAUCACGAAAUCUUGAACGGCUACAUGGUCGCCGUCAGCCUUGUAGGAAGGUUAUCGAUAACAACUGUCAAACGUGACUUGACGUGAUCGAAUGUUAAUUUAACUCGGAAUUUGCAUCCUGUGACAUUAUAGCCAAAAUGGGGAUCUUUUUCGCAAAAAAGAAACAUCAGAGUCGCGUUACCGAACAGGACAAAGCAAUUUUGCAACUGAAACAAACAAGAGAUAAAAUUAAGCAAUACCAAAAGAAAAUUGAGCAAACUUUGGAGAAAGAACGACUGAUCGCUAAAGAACUUUUGAAAAAUGGGAAGAAAGAUCGUGCAUUGCUUCUACUGCGUAAGAAAAGAUUUCAAGAACAAGUGCUGUCACGUACAGAUGGUCAGUUGGAAAAUCUUGAACGUAUGGUUCAUGAUUUAGAAUUUGCUCAAAUUGAGAUGAAAGUAGUUGAUGGCCUAAAAGUCGGCAAUAAUGCAUUGAAACAGCUGCAUGCUUUGUUAUCUAUUGAUGAGAUUGAAAAGGUUAUGGACGAAACAACAGAGGGUAUUGAGAAGCAAAAGGAAAUAGAUGAAAUAUUGUCUGGAACGCUCACUGAGGAGGAUGAAAGUGAAGUUGAAGCUGAAUUGGAUGCAUUGUUGGAAGCAGAGAUUGAGGAUAAAGUUCCUGAAGCACCAGAAGAUGUUCUGCUGCCAGAAGUGCCAGAGGACUUGCCAGAGCAAGAUAAAGGUCGUACGAAAGAAAAAAUUCAGAAACCAGUGGCAGUGACAGCAUGAGAACCAAGAAAAUCCUGACAGACUUUUAUUCAAUUAAUGUUUUGUUUGCGGCAAGCUAUGUAUAUAUGUGUACAGUAAAUAAUAUUUAUAAUAUAGUAAGAUAUAAAUAUAUAUAUAUGUAAGAUAUCUAUUCAUAAGAAAUUUACUUAUGAGAUACGUCAAAGUUUUAAUAUAACUUAUCUAUUAAAUAAUUCAACCAAUUUUGCAAUAUAUAUCUUAUGUGAAUACUAAAAUGCAAUAAAAAUAGCAACUAUGUAA